AUCUGGGGUUAAAUGUGGAGCCUGCUAAAGCCUCAGACCCAGACCAAGACCAGGACCAGGACCAAGACCAGGACCCGGUCUGGACUCGGACUAAACCAGGGCUCUGCUGCUCCAGGAAGAGACGACAUGUCUGACACAGAGGAACAGAUCGACGCUCAGGACGAGGUGGUGGAGGUGGAGGUGGCUCCAGAGGCCGAGCCAGAACCAGAAGAAGAACCAGAACCAGAACCAGAGGAAGAAGAAGAAGCAGAGUGUGAGCCAGAACCUGAGCCAGAACCUGAGCCAGAACCUGAGCCAGUAGAAGACGCCUAUGAGGAGGAAGCAGACGAAGAUCAGGAUGAAGAAAAGCCCAAAUUUAAACCCUCAGCUCCUAAGAUCCCCGAUGGAGAGAAGGUGGACUUUGACGACAUCCAGAAGAAGCGUCAGAACAAAGACUUGGUGGAGCUGCAGAGUUUGAUCGACGCACAUUUUGAAUGUCGCAAGAAAGAAGAAGAAGAACUGAUUGCUCUGAAAGAAAGAAUUGAGAAGCGUCGUGCUGAACGAGCCGAGCAGCAGAGGAUCAGAGCUGAGAAGGACAAAGAGCGUCAGGCCCGAAGAGAGGCUGAGCGAAUGAGGAAAGAGGAGAUGGACCUCCAGAAACGCCACGACGACGAAGCCAAAAAGAAGAUUGCCCUCACCAACAUGGGCUCUGGCUACAGCAGCCACCUGCAGAGGGUGGAGGGGAAGCGAGGAAAGAAGAAGCCGACAGAGAGAGAGAAAAAGAAGAAAGUUUUGUCGGAGAGAUGUAAACCUCUGAACAUCCAGGACUUCAGUGAGGACAAUCUCAGGGACAAGGCAAAGGAGCUGUGGGAGUGGUUACACAGCCUGGAGGCCAUAAAGUACGACUACCACGAGCGCCUCAAGAGACAGAAGUACGAAGUCAUCUCCCUGAGAAACCGCAUCGACGAGCUGCAGAAACACAGCAAAAAGGGCGCCGCCUCUCGCCGCAGGAAGUGAUGUCACCUCGCUGCAGGAAAUGACCCCGUGAUGACCUUUCAGAAUCAUGUGUUCGAGUUUGAGCUGAAGAAUAAAACUAUGAACCGCU